UUUAAAAACUUUGCCAAUGCGGAUAUAGUGGCCAUGGCGGCAAUGGCUUGUAUUUCCCUCGCCACUCUCCCCAGGUCUUCUAAGGCUAGGGUUUUCGCGGCGGCAGGAAGAGGAGGAUCGAUCGCCUCGGCAUCCACAGCUACAUGCGGUAGGCGGCAGGCACUAGCGCUGCUAGCGCUUGCGUCGUCCACGGCAUUUGGAUCGAAUUCGAAGGCGGCAUUCUCUCUCGAUUCCCCGGUGGCGGCAGCGGCGGAAGAGGGAUCCUCGCCGUUUGAGACGUAUUACGGCACAGCCGCGAGCGCGUCCAGCUAUGGCGGCUAUGGCGGGAAUGCGAGCAAGAAGGACUCGGCCGAGUAUAUCUUCGAGGUGCCCCAGGGAUGGAAGGAGCGCCUCAUCUCCAAGGUCGAGAAGGGCACGAAUGGGACCGACUCGGAGUUUUACAACCCACGCAGGAAAGGUGAGAAGACUUACCUCACAUACUUGGCAGGAUUUCGCAAGCUCGCCAACCGAGACAACGUCCUCAACGAUCUCUCCCUCUCGGACGUGAGCUUGCAAGACGAUAUCUCCCAGGCCGAUAGCAUCAAGGCCUCGGACAAGCAAAACGAUUCCGGCCAGCUCUACUACGAGUAUGAGAUCCAGGGGCCGGUGGCUCACAGCCUCAUCUUCGUUACGUGCGCCAAGAACAAGCUCUACGCCCACUACGUGAGAGCUCCCACGCAGGACUGGACGAGAGACGAGCCCAUGCUAAGGCACGUUCAUGAAUCCUUCAUGACUGUGGGAGCGUGAAAGGUUACCAGGUGUGGUUUUCAUGGUUUUUUCAGAAAGUUUGAUUUUCCUUAUGCAAGUGGUUUUGAUCCACGAUCAUACGGCUCUUGUCAUUGUAUAGUUAUGGUUUUACAUACAGUUAGAAGUUGUUCUUA